ACAUUGACAUCGACCACGUCUAGCAAUAACAAACAUCAACCCAUCCAGUUCCACCUCUACUACUACCCAGUCCACGUCCACCCAGUCCACAUCUACCUUUACAACUUCAGGCACGCUUACUAGUAGCUCCAGCUCAGGUUAUGCAAGCACCAUUAGCACCAGUUCCUCAAGCUCAGCCCAGAACAACGCAUAUGGCUCGACUUCAACUGCCAGCCAAGGGCUUAGCACUGCCGGGCGAACCGGUCUAGCAUUUGGGAUAAUGUUUUUCUUGAUAUUAUCCGCAAUGCUGGUUUGCUACUUGAGGAGACGAUCUCGUAUCGCUCGGCAGAAAACUAGUGAUGGGCCUGCCCUUUUGUCGUCGGAAGUUAGUCAAUACCGUCCACCCGCUCCUGGUGCGUCUCCCGAGGGUGAACUUCUGGCUCCACCUCUACCGCGGCUGCAUCCUGCGUACCUGAAUCCGUCCGAUAUCUCGCGCUCCCCGCGCCAUUCAGCCAACUCAAGCAUCGCCCCCUUGCUCGAGAAUGAUUCGAGUCGAAUUCCACACCCUGCAUCUGCUUGGAAUCGCUACAGCACAUCACCGCAGGCAACAAGCAUUCAACCGAUAAGUAGGGAAGAAGUGCCUAGUCUCCCGAAUCCCUACGACCUAUUUUCAGCACCUGCACGCUCUGCAUCGUAUGCGUCUUCCACGCCACAUGCAAAUAUUCAUAAUACUUCAAUUCUCUCCAGUGCUGCAACAACGAGCACGUUUGCCGCGCCAGCCAGUGGCUCAAGCACCUCCAGGGAGCCCCGGUCUGAGUCCUCGCUCUCACCGCUUCACGCAAAUAUGGUUCGACACCAGAAGCAGCUCGAGCUCGAGCACGAUAAACGUCUUGAAGCUAAAGAAGGACUGCAGGAUCCUCCACCAGAAUAUUCUUCUUGAGUACAUAUGCGUCACGAACUAUACUGCGAUAACUCAGUUCUCACUUUUUGGACUAUUUGUCUUAUACCUAUUUUUUUCUCUAUACCAAUCCCCUGGUGGUAAUUAUCAUCGAUCAUGAGGUACUUUUAUAUUGACGUUUUUUGUCACAUUC